AUGUUUCUGAAGGAACUUUUGAGCGAAGCCGCUGUCAAAAACCAUUUAAAUACAUGCAGUGCACUAAAUAGAGAACCUGAACCAGCUCCAACUAAUAAUGAAGAAACCGCUAAAAUCACUCCUUACAUUUGUAAGUACUGCGAUCGGGUGUUUUCAAUUACCGUCACUUUGAAACGGCACUUGGAAAAACAUAAAAAACCACCAGAAUUAUCUGAAAACGAAAUUGAAUAUAAGUUGAAGAAUUUAAAAACCGAACGUAAAAUAUUAAAGGAGUAUUUUUCGUUAUGGGGCAUUCCUGAAAAAUUGGUUACAGACAAUGGGUCUUCUCUAUGUUCUACCGAGAUGAGUGAAUUCCUUAGCAAAAAUGGUGUAUUUCAUAUUAGAACUCCACCAUACAACCCCUCUUCGAAUGGGGCAGCGGAGAAUACAGUUAAAACUUUUAAACAAUUCUUAAAGAAAUGUGCUAAAAAUACUGACAUGGAUACUAAUAUUUGUAAUUUUGUUUUAACAUAUAAUAGUACUAAACAUUGUGCGACUGGAGUUAGUCCAGCAGAGUUGCAUUUAGGCAGGCCUUUAAAUACAUCACUUGAUAGAUUAGUACCUUUUGCUAAACAUAAAUAUAAUUAA